GUGCCCCUUGUGCAUAAAGGCAUACAAAAUGGAGGCUCUUAGAGGGUACUAAAAUCUCAGCCAGCCAACCAGGAAUGGUUUGGUGGGGUACAGUUCACUUGUCUUGAUUUACUCUGCUUGCAAUAAAAUCAGAAAUGUUUGUACCCCGUGGAGAGAGCACCUGUGGAAACAGACCAGGUCCUCCUGAGAAGGCCAUUUAUUUAUUCCCCUGGAAUCCUGAGCCUAAAAGGAAAUAGUCUUGCGUCCAACUUGGGAGGUCCGAGGUCCAGAGAAGCGUAGGAAUUCUUGGUUGGAAAUCUUUUAACGCGGUGACCCCUGAAGGCCGUGGCUACCUGUAAGUGGGGUUGUAGCUGCCAUGAUUCAAUGCCCACCUCACCUCUGCACCUGGCCACAGAGCUCGGUUUCCAGAGAGCCCAGAAGAAGGAUCUUAUUAGAAUAGCAUUUGGGGGUCUCUGUUUCAGAGGAUGAGUUAGAAGUAAUUCAAGACCAAGCACAGUGUUUUGUUUUGUUUUUAAAUGUGUAAGCCUUACCAGACAGCUCAGAGAGCAGGUUAACAUUUCCAGUAUGGCCAGCUGAUUAAGAGGUCUGCUGCAGCAGGAGUUCUGCUGGUUUAGAGCAGAGCCACGAUGUUGCAUACGAGAACCCCAAAUGAUGAAAAGCCAGCCCUCAGUGUCUUGGCCAUGCUCUGUCUUUUGCUUUCGCUCUUUUGCUUCCCUUUCCAGAUUGGGUUGGUUUGCGUUUCCAGAAGACUGUUGAAGCAGCGGCAGACAGCUUCGCGUUACAACAUGGAAGCCAUCGCCAAGUUUGAUUUCACCGCCUCGGGCGAGGAUGAACUGAGUUUUCACACCGGAGACAUCCUGAAGAUCUUAAGUAACCAGGAGGAGUGGUUCAAGGCAGAGCUCGGAAGCCAAGAAGGAUACGUGCCUAAGAAUUUUAUUGACAUCCAGUUUCCUGAGUGGUUUCACGAAGGCCUCUCACGACACCAGGCCGAGAACUUACUAAUGGGCAAGGAGGUUGGCUUCUUCAUCAUUCGGGCCAGCCAGAGCUCCCCCGGGGACUUCUCCAUUUCUGUCAGGCACGAGGAUGACGUUCAGCACUUCAAGGUCAUGCGAGACAACAAGGGUAAUUACUUCCUGUGGACAGAGAAGUUUCCAUCCCUGAACAAGCUGGUGGACUACUACAGGACGACUUCCAUCUCCAAACAGAAGCAGAUCUUCCUGAGGGACAGAACGCGCGAGGACCCGGGUCGCAGGAGCAACAGCCUGGACCAGAGGGCCCAGGGAGGCCCACACCUCAGUGGGGCUGUGGGGGAAGAGAUGCGGCCUUUGAUGAACCGGAAGCUGUCGGAUCACCCGCCGCCCCCUCCCUCGCAGUACCCCCUAGUCCCGCCGCCGCAGCAGCAGCGGUACACGCAGCAUCACCAUUUUCAUCAGGACCGCCGUGGAGGCAGCCUUGACAUAAACGACGGGCACUGCGGCAUAGGCCUGGGCGGCGAGAUGGGCAUGGCCCUCAUGCACCGCAGACACACAGACCCGGUGCAGCUCCAGGCGGCUGGGCGAGUGCGGUGGGUCCGGGCGCUGUACGACUUCGAGGCUCUCGAGGAGGACGAACUGGGGUUCCGCUCCGGAGAGGUGAUCGAGGUCUUGGAUAGCUCCAACCCGUCCUGGUGGACCGGCCGCCUGCACAACCAACUGGGCCUCUUCCCCGCCAACUACGUGACAUCCAUGAGCCGAUGAAUCCCUUCUGGAGGGGCCGGAGGCUUUGCCCGGAGCUGUCUGCGAGGGAGCGAGCAAGGAAGACAGCUACGCCCACACACACACGUGCCUAUGUAUACACACAUUCCAUGACAGUAAUUUAUUGACAGUUUAGUUGGUUAAUUAGCUGAUGUGAAAGUAACUCAGGUGGAGGCUUAUAUGCAUACUUGUUUUUCUACUCCCCUCCGCGGGGUGGCGGGGUGCAGACGGUGUUGGGGACUGGGAGUGGGGGGCAGGGAAAUGGAACC